AUGGUAGCCAAAUAUGUGUAUGGUUCUGCAUCGAAUGAGGGUGAAACACCACAGAAAUGGAUCUUCUACUAUGUACCGGUGAUGGCACCUCAACGAAGUUCACCGACUGAUCCAUGGGUUUGGUCAACGAAAAAUGAAGUACGUGUUAAACUGCUAUUAGGUGAUGAUGUAGUUGAUGAAAUGGCACGAGAAGCUAUUAGAAAAAAAUAUGAUAUGAAAACUGCUGAGUAUUCAAAAUAUUGGGAUGUUGCACCAUUGAUGAUCGACUCACUAACAGCUUACAUCGUGCAAGGAAGUAACUCACCGAUUGCCGGUGUAGAACCAUUCCAUGCUGUUCAUCCGAACUCACUCAUCAUGAUUUUUCGAUUCAAAUGUUCAACAGAGGAAAAUGCUCGGCAGAUUGCUGAAAUGAUUGAAAUCGGUGAAUAUGAAAUUGAAAUCGCCUUUUACUUUGCCGGCUUUCGUCAGACAUCUACUAGUUUUGUAUCAAUUACCGGUGAUCAACUGAAAGCAGCAGCGAGUAAGACAACAGCUGAUGGCGAAAAUCCAAAUGCUCAGUACAUACAUCGUGAUCAAGCAUCUAAAUUCAUUGGAAAAUAUACGAUGAAUAUUAAGAAAUUGGUCUAUUCGGAGAGUCCAGAAGCCAACACACAAGCACUGUCAGAUGGUCUCGAAGCACAAUUUCUGUCAUUACUACAACAAGGUAACUUUGCUUGUUAA